UUUAGCUUUAGCUUGAUUUGCUGAAGAAGAAAAGGAUUUCCGCUUAUUUGGUUGGUUUCAUUAACGUUAUGAACAAGAUAGUCUGCCAAUCUCUCUAAUCUUGUUUAAUUAUGGGUUUCUUUCGAAGUCAGUCGUCGAGAAGUGGGGAUUACUUGGAAGGAAUGCUUAGUGAUUAUGUUGGUGGAAAGACCAAGUUGAAAGCUCAAAAAAGCACAUCAGCUCGACUUGUCACAGCGCUUACUUGCCUCCAAUUUGCCUUUGCAGUGUAUGCAACAUUCCUAUUGUAUUACAUGAGUCCUACAAUAGAUUUGCGGACCAAACCAGACUUUACGUGGGCUACACGAAUCGCUCAACAAUGGAAGCAAUUCAUAAUCACACCCCAUGUUCUUAGGCACUACCAGGAACCCUCUUCUCUCAUUGGAUCCGAAAUCCAGCCAAUUACUCCAUCUUUAGUAUGUGAGCAUGAGAAAAUAGAUUUCAUGCAGAAGAAGUCUAAUGACGCCCAGAUGAUCAAGUUUAAAACAGAGCUUUACAAUGAGGUAUUGGACUUCCAAAGCAAAAACUUUGGUACUGAAACUCUUGCUCAGCUAUUGGCAAUGAAGUCUAAAUGGGACUUGCGAGGUCCAAACAAGCCAAAAGUCACAGUGAUAUUAAACCAUUUCAAAAGGAAAACUCUCUGUGCCCAGCUUGAUUCAUUGCUUGAACAGACCCUUCCUUUCCACCACGUUUGGGUACUUUCAUUUGGGAGCCCAAAUGAGCUCUCUUUGAAAAGAAUUGUAGAUAGCUAUAAUGAUUCAAGAAUAAGCUUCAUAAGUUCAAGCUAUGAUUUCAAGUACUAUGGGAGGUUCCAAAUGGCUUUACAAACGGAAGCAGAUCUUGUAUAUAUCCUUGAUGAUGACAUGAUUCCUGGUAGGAAAAUGUUACAGAUUUUGUCACAUGUAGCCGGGACUGACAAGUAUAAGAAUGCGGUUUUGGGCAGUAUAGGACGGAUUUUGCCAUUUAGGCAGAAGGAUUUUACGUUUCCAAGCUAUCGAAAAUUUAGGUCUAAGGAGGCAGGACUUUAUUUGCCUGACCCUGCUUAUGAUAUCACAAUUGAUAAAAUUGUGCAGGUGGAUUUUCUUUCCAGCUCUUGGUUCCUGUCUGCAGAGCUUGUCAAGACACUUUUCAUCGAGACACCCUUCACCUUUGCAACUGGCGAAGAUCUGCACCUUAGUUAUCAACUUCAGAAGUACAGAAACGCUGGCUCGUUUGUUCUUCCAGUUGACCCAAAGGACAAGGAAACAUGGGGUGAUAGUGAACAUAGACUUGCCUAUGUGUCUGAAACCACUGUAAUCUUCAAAGACAUUGUUCAAGUUCGGGAUGAUCAAUGGUGGAAAGCACUCUCUACCGGUUAUAUCACUCAAUGGGCUGCAAUGCAUCCUCAAAAAAUCGAUGCACUUUUCUAUGCCCACUCAGUUGAUGAGGUUAAAGUGCUCGCACCCCUUCUUGAAAAGUUCAGGUCCACUGUUGGCAAAAAGGCCUACAUUGCUGUCUCUGGAGGCGAUUUCUGCCCUUGUGAGGAUGCUACAACUGCUCUCAAGUGGCCUAAGUUAGUAUGCAAAGAGAGAAGGUUUAAGAUAUUUGAUCUGGCAAUAGGAUCUCUAUCAGGAAUAUCGAAUUCGGAGGUGCCAGUUGUACAAGCAUUGUACUCCAGCAUGAAAGGUUUGAUCAAAAUUCACAAUCCCAGCGUGGUGAUCACAGUGGCUGACAUUGAUCCUCAUGUGAGGAAGGCUUUAAAGAUGGCAACAGAAACAAAUUCCAAUGGCACAACACUGGUUCUUUUACCAAGACCCUCCAUAUCAAAGGUUCUUUGGAUGGCUGAUCUACGAUCAACUGCAUUGCCAAAUUGGAACAAGAUGCGGGUUUCUGUGAACAUUAUCACCCAAAACCGUGUUCGUUCAUUAACAAGGCUUCUCAAAUCUCUCAGCAAUGCCUACUAUCUUGGGGAUGAGAUCCCUAUCAGCUUCAACAUGGACAGUAAAGUGGAUGAGGCAACAAUUAAACUUGUAAACUCAUUCGAGUGGCCUCAUGGCCCCAAAACCCUCAGAAGAAGAAUCAUUCAAGGAGGACUCAUUCGAGCAGUCAGUGAGAGUUGGUACCCAUCAUCAGAUGAUGAUUUUGGCCUCCUACUUGAAGACGAUAUCGAAGUCUCCCCUUACUACUAUCUAUGGAUCAAAUAUGCCCUCUUAGCAUACCACUAUGAUCCUCAAGUGUCUCUUCCAGAGCUCACCUCUCUCUCCCUUUACACGCCUAGGCUUGUUGAGGUAGUGAAAGAAAGGCCUAAAUGGAAUCCAACAGAGUUUUUCAAGCACAUACAUCCAAACACACCUUAUCUCCACCAGUUACCUUGUAGUUGGGGUGCAGUUUUCUUUCCCAAGCUUUGGAGAGAGUUCUAUGUGUACAUGAACAUGAGGUUCACUGAGGAUGCAAAGUCAAACCCAGUUCAAAUUCCAAAGUCUAGAACAAAUGGGUGGCAAGCUUCAUGGAAAAAGUUUCUCAUUGACAUGAUGUACCUUAGAGGCUAUGUAAGCCUUUAUCCAAACUUUCCAAAGCAAUCAAGCUUCUCAACUAACCAUAUGGAACCAGGGGCUCAUAUUAGAGCAAAAGACAACGUUGUUAAGCAUGACAAGACAGACUUUGAGGUUCCAUUGUUAAAGGACGAUUUUCGGACAUUGUUACCAGGUGGGAAAUUGCCUCCAGCUUCAAGGUUGCCAUCAUUGAACCUCUUCAACCAGCCAGUUUCUCUAAAGGGACUCAAGGCAGCUGGGGCCAAGUUGGGCCAAGAUGUACUUAGAUGUAACAAUGUCUCAGAGAUAGUAGCUGUUGAUCACAUAACAGGUCUGCCAAUGCGCUGUGCAAAAUUCUGAUUUUUUUUUAAUUUCUUUGUUAUCAAUUUAUUCUUUCUUUGUUCUCUUAUAAGAAAUAAUUCUGGGAAUAUAUUUUU